CCCCCAGCAGCAGCAACAGCAGCAGCAGCAGCAGCAGGACGACGACGAGGAGGAUCCAUGUGUCUUUCCUGGUGACUAGGAUGUCGUCGGAAGAGGACAAGAGCGGGGAGCAGCCCCAGCCGCCGCCGCCGCCGCCGCCGCCGCCCCCUGAGGAGCCCGGAGCCCCGGCGGCCCCGAGCCCCGCAGCCGCAGACAAAAGACCUCGGGGCCGGCCUCGCAAAGAUGGCGCUUCCCCUUUCCAGAGAGCCAGAAAGAAGCCUCGAAACAGAGGAAAAACGACAGUGGAGGAUGAUGAUAGCAUGGAUGGGUUAGAGACGGCAGAAACAGAAAACCCUGUUGAAACAGCAGAAGUCAAAGAACAAUCUGCAGAAGAGGAUGGUGAUACAGAAGUGGACAGCAAUAAGCAGCUAACACCAGCUCUCCAGCGUUCAGUAUCUGAGGAAUCUACAAGCUCUACUGUUUCUGUUGGAGUAGAAGCUAAAAUCAGUGAGCAACUAUGCGCUUUUUGUUACUGUGGUGAAAGAAGCUCAUUAGGACAAGGAGAAUUAAAACAGUUUAGUCCAACACCAGAAUUCAUCACAACUUGGAAAAAGCAGCCUCUGAACAAGAAAGAUAUCGGGGACAACAGCGAUGGAACCAGUGAAAAAAUACAAAACGCAGUGCCACGUAAACAAAGAGGACAGAAGAAAGAACGAUCUCCUCGACGGAGUGUAACAUGUGUAAGUGUAAGCACCCAAACUGCUUCAGAUGAUCAGACUGGUAAAUUGUGGGACGAACUUAGUCUGGUUGGCCUUCCAGAUGACAUUGAUUUCCAAGCCUUAUUUGAGUCUACGGGUCAUUUUUGGGCUCAUCACCGUUGUGCAGAAUGGUCUCUGGGAAUAUGCCAGGCUGAAGAACAGGCAUUAAUGAACGUGGACAAAGCUGUUGUCUCAGGGAGCACAGAACGAUGUGCAUUUUGUAAGCACCUUGGAGCCACUAUCAAAUGCUGUGAAGAAAAAUGUACCCAGAUGUACCAUUACCCUUGUGCUGCUGGAGCAGGCACUUUUCAGGAUAUCAGUAAUUUCUCCCUUCUUUGUCCAGAACACAUUGACCAAGCUCCUGAAAGAUCAAAAGAAGAAGCAAACUGUUCAGUAUGUGACAGUCCUGGGGACCUUGGAGAUCAAUUCUUUUGUACUACUUGUGGCCAGCAUUACCAUGGAAUGUGCCUGGACAUAGCAGUCACAGCAUUAAAAAGAGCAGGUUGGCAAUGUCCUGAUUGCAAAGUGUGCCAGAACUGCAAGCACUCUGGAGAAGAUAGCAAGAUGCUGGUUUGUGAUACAUGCGACAAGGGAUAUCAUACUUUUUGUCUUCAACCAGUUAUGGAUUCAGUACCAACAAAUGGCUGGAAAUGCAAAAACUGCAGAAUAUGUGCAGAAUGUGGCACUCGAACCAGCUCUCAAUGGCACCACAAUUGCCUAGUGUGUGACAAUUGUUAUCAACCUCAAGAUAAUACGGCCUGCCCUUUCUGUGGGAAGUGCUACCAACCAGACUUUCAGAAAGAUAUGUUGCAUUGUCAAAUGUGUAAAAGAUGGAUUCAUAUAGAAUGUGACAAACCAGCGGAUACAGAAUUAGAUUCACAGUUAAAGGAAGACUAUGUCUGCAUGUGUUGUAAACAGUUAGGCGAUUUGGAACCAGUACAACCUUGUGAUGAAAUGGAGACUUCUGAAACAGUUCCCCAGUCUGGUACAGAUUCUGUUAAUGAAAUGGAAACAGAAGGAGUUGAUGAGAGUUUGGUAUUUAUGGACCAAGCUGGGAGCAGUUCUUUAAAUCAAGAUACAAGACCUGAAAUUGCUUCAGUUGCAGCUGUCCAUGAUUGUGAUGAAGAGCAGAUUAAAAUCAAGAAUGUCAGUCCUGCAGUAAGACUUAUAACAGAUAGUCCUUUAAUCCUGGAUCUUGCACAGGAUAAAUUAAAUCCUGAAGAGCAAAGUGAAGUUUCUAAUCAGACUGAUAAAGAUGAGAUGGAAAUGUCUGACAAAACGGUACAAUCUUAUGGUGAAGGUCAAAAUGAAAAUAAGAUGAUAAUGACAGAAAAUGACAAUGCUUUGACAAAUUCAGAGAGUUCUCCAAAGGAUGAAAAACAGCAGACAUUACAGGAAUCCAAAGCAACAGCAUUCUUGGAAGAAUCCCCAUCUCCACAAUUAACACCUGAAAAUAUCAUUGGGGUAUCAGACAUUUUACCACCUGCAUGUGAAGAAGAUACUGCUUUAAUUGCAAAGAUGGAUUUGGGAAUAGACAAGGUUCAAGGAGCAAUAGAAAAAGAUGAAAUCUGUGAAGUUUCAUCUGGUAUUGUAGAAAUGGAAUGCCUUCCCACAUUUGAUGAUUGUUUAAAAGUUGGUUCACCUUUAGAUGAAAAAUCCAUAAUAUCACCAUCGGAGACAGAUUCAGCAUUUUCAUCAGCAGUAGAUAUAAGCAAGACAAAUAUAUGUUCUUCCAUUGUUUCUUUAGACUUGACUUCUGCAAAUGAUAUACUUCAUAGUGAACCUUCAAAUUUACAUUCUUCUGCUGGAAACAUGCCAACAACUUACAUCUCUGUCACUCCAAAAAUUGGCAUGGGUAAACCAGCUAUUACCAAAAGAAAAUUUUCCCCGGGUAGACCUCGGUCAAAACAGGGGGCUUGGACUACCAAUAAUACAGUGAGCCCACCUUCAUGGUCCCCAGACAUUUCAGAAGGCCGGGAAAUUUUUAAACCCAGACAGCUUACUGGCAGUACCAUUUGGAGCAUCAAAGUGGGUCGUGGAUCUGGAUUCCCUGGGAAACGAAGACCACGAGGUGCGGGACUUUCUGGCCGAGGUGGCCGAGGCAGAUCCAAACUCAAAAGUGGGAUUGGAGCUCUGGUUCUUCCAGGGGUUUCUUCUAUGGAUAUUUUAUCAAGCAAGGAUGAAGAAGAAAAUUCCAUGCAUAAUACAGUAGUCUUGUUUUCUAGCAGUGACAAGUUCACUUUACAUCAGGAUAUGUGUGUAGUUUGUGGAAGUUUUGGCCAAGGGGCAGAAGGAAGGCUGCUAGCAUGUUCUCAGUGUGGUCAGUGUUACCAUCCGUACUGUGUCAGUAUUAAGAUCACCAAAGUUGUCCUUAGUAAAGGCUGGAGAUGUCUUGAAUGCACAGUUUGUGAAGCCUGUGGCAAAGCCACUGAUCCAGGAAGGCUCCUUCUUUGUGAUGACUGUGACAUAAGCUAUCACACUUACUGCUUGGAUCCUCCAUUGCAGACAGUUCCCAAAGGAGGCUGGAAGUGUAAAUGGUGUGUUUGGUGCAGACAUUGUGGAGCAACAUCUCCAGGUCCACGAUGUGAAUGGCAAAACAAUUAUACCCAAUGUGCCCCAUGUGCAAGUUUAUCUACUUGUCCAGUCUGCUCUCGUAAUUAUAGGGAAGAGGAUCUUAUUCUGCAGUGUAGACAAUGUGACAGAUGGAUGCAUGCUGUCUGCCAGAAUUUAAAUACUGAGGAUGAAGUAGAAAAUGUAGCUGAUAUUGGUUUUGAUUGUACUAUGUGCAGACCCUACAUACCUACAGCAAAUGUGCCUUCCUCAGACUGCUGUGAGUCAUCAAUUGUAGCUCAAAUUGUUACAAAAGUAAAAGAGCUAGAUCCCCCGAAGACCUAUACACAAGAUGGAGUUUGUUUGACUGAAUCAGGAAUGUCUCAGUUACAGAGCCUCACAGUUACAGUUCCAAGAAAAAAACGAACUAAACCAAAGUUGAAACUAAAGAUCAUAAAUCAGAAUAGUGUAGCUGUUCUCCAAACACCCCCAGACAUCCAAUCAGAACAUUCAAGGGAUGGUGAAAUGGAUGAUAGUAGAGAACAGACCUUCUUUAGAGAAAUCACCUGGAGCACCAAAUCUUUAAGGAUCACAGAAGGUGAUCUUAUGGAUUGUGAUGGGAAGUCAGAUUCUAGUCCUGAGCGUGAAGCUGUGGAUGAUGAGACUAAGGGUGCAGAAGGAACAGAUGGAGUCAAAAAAAGAAAAAGAAAACCAUAUAGACCAGGUAUUGGUGGCUUCAUGGUACGCCAAAGAAGUCGAACUGGGCAAGGAAAAACAAAACGAUCUUUGACCAGAAAAGAUUCUUCAGGUUCUGUUUCUGAACAAUUACCUGUGAGAGAUGAUGGUUGGAGUGAACAGUUACCAGAUACUCUGGUUGAUGAAUCUAUUCCUAUCUCUGACAGCACUGAGAAAAUAAAGAAGAGAUAUAGAAAAAAGAAAAAUAAGCUUGAAGAAACUUUCCCUGCAUAUCUGCAGGAAGCCUUCUUCGGAAAAGACCUUCUAGAUACAAGCAGGCAAAACAAGCUUUGCCUGGAUAACCUGCCAGAAGAAUCAGUAUCUCAACUUUCUUGUAAAACUAACAUGAGCACAAACUUUUUAGAUCCAUCUUCUGACCCCAUGCUUAGUUCAACCUCAACUCCAGUGAAACCAGGAACUCAAGGUAAUGCCGAUGACCCAUUAGCUGACCUCUCAGAAGUAUUAAAUACAGAAGAUGAUAUUCUAGGAAUACUUUCUGAUGAUUUAGUAAAAUCUACAGAUCAUUCAGGUCUUGAUUUAUGCACUUUCCAGGUUGAGAACUCACCUUCCCCAUUUGCUGGCCUAGAUAUUGGUUCCAUCUCUGAUGAUCCUUCCUCUUUGCCUCAGCCUAACGUAAAUCAAAGUUCACGGCCAUUGAGUGAAGAGCAACUAGAUGGCAUCCUCAGUCCUGAACUAGACAAAAUGGUCACAGAUGGUAAAAUAUUUGCCCUACAUCUAGGCUUUCUAAAAGACAUGAGAGCAAUUCUUGGAAAAUUAUAUAAGAUCCCAGAGCUUGGAGGGAAAGAUGUUGAAGACUUGUUCACUGCUGUACUGAGUCCUGCUACUACUCAGCCAACCCCAUUGCCACAACCUCCACCACCACCACAAUUAAUUCCAUUACACAAUCAGGAUGGAGUUUUUUCUCGUAUGCCUCUUAUGAAUGGUCUUAUUGGACCUAAUCCUCAUCUGCCGCAUAAUUCUUUGACUCCUGGAAAUGGAAUAGGAACUUUCUCUUCUAUAACACAGUCCCCAUAUACUGAUACCAGGGAUAAAAAUCCUGCCUUGAAUGCAAUGGGGAAUGAUCCUCAUAUUUCUUGGCCAUCAUCAGCUCCAAUUAUGGAAGGAGAAGGUGACACUUUAUCUAACACUCAGAGAAGCACUCUCAAAUGGGAGAAAGAAGAAGCAUUAGGGGAAAUAGCAACGGUGGCACCUGUUCUCUAUACCAACAUCAACUUUCCCAACCUCAAGGAAGAAUUUCCAGAUUGGGCCACAAGAGUGAAGCAGAUUGCUAAGUUGUGGAGAAAAGCAAGUUCACAGGAAAGAGCUCCAUAUGUGCAAAAAGCUAGAGAUAAUAGAGCUGCUCAACGUAUUAAUAAAGUGCAGAUGUCAAAUGAUUCCUUGAAGAGGCAGCAACAGCAGGACAAUAUUGAUCCUAGCUCUCGUAUUGACUCAGAUCUUUUUAAAGAUCCAUUAAAGCAAAGAGAAUCUGAACAUGAGCAAGAAUGGAAAUUCAGACAGCAAAUGCGUCAAAAAAGCAAACAACAAGCAAAAAUUGAAGCCACACAGAAACUUGAACAAGUGAAAAAUGAACAGCAGCAGCAGCAGCAGCAGCAGCAGCAGCAGCAAUUUGGUUCCCAACCACUUGUAAACCAGUCUGGGUCAGAUACACCCAGCAGUGGAAUACAAAGCCCUUUAACGCCUCAGCCUGGUAACGGAAGUAUGUCUCCUGCACAGACAUUCCACAAAGAUCUGUUUACAAAACCACAACUCCCAGGAACUCCAACUACAGUAGCUUCAGAUGAUGUAUUUCUAAAACCCCAAGCACCACCUCCUCCACCAGCCCCUGUCCGCAUCCCAGUUCAGGACACCCUUCCUCAAUCUCAGACUCCUCAGUCAUCAUCAUCACACGUAUUUUCAUCAGGUUCUUCAAGCACACGUCCCCUGUCUCCAGUAGAUCCUUAUGCUAAAAUGGUGGGAACCCCUAGACCACUUACAGGGGCUCAGAACUUUCCUAGAAGGAAUUCUGGUAUACCAGUGGAAACCUGCCCCACUUCUUUAUCUCGAUCUAUUCAAGUUACUGAGACAACAGCAAGUAGGCUUUCUUCUGUCAGGGAUGUAUGUUCUUCAUCAGCUAGUAGUGACCCCUAUGCAAAACCCCCAGACACACCCAGGCCUAUGGUGACUGAUCAGUUUUCUAAACCUCUGGGUAUACUGAGGCCUCCCAUUGGCAUGGAACAAACUGGAAAAAAUCCUUUAACAGCUGGAACUAAUGAUCCUUUCACUAAACCAUCUCCUAGGACUGACAGGUUUCAAAGACAACGGAUACCUGAUCCAUACCCACGACCCACCCUGACACCUGCCCCUGUUGACAGCAGUAAUGUCCCUUUUAAACCUCCAAUGCACCCACCUCAAUCCCCACAAGAUCCUUUUGGUUCAGUGCCACAAACACCAAGACGAAUGUCUGUUGACCCCUAUGAAAGGCCUGUUCUGACACCAAGGCCAGUAGACAGUUUUCCCCACAAUCAGUCUAAUGAUUCAUAUGGUCAGCCUCCCCAUACUCCACAUGCUGCAAUGAAUGACUCUUUUGCCCACCCUUCAAGGUCUUUUUCUCAAUCUGGGACUUUGUCCAGACAAACUUCUCAGGACCCUUAUUCCCAGCCUCCAGGAACUCCUCACCCUCUUGCAGAUGCUUUUCCCCAAUCCUCAGGAACUCCUCGACCCAUUAAGGACCCCUAUUCCCAGCCUCCUGCAACUGCACGGCCCACCACUAUUGAUACAUAUAUUCCGCAGUCUUCUACACCUAUACCUUCUGCUCAGACAGAUUUGUUUGUUCCCUCAUCCAAUAAUCAAAGACAUUCUGAUCCUUAUGCUCACCCUCCUGGAACACCAAGACCUACCAUGACUGGUCCUUAUUCACAGGUAUCGGCACCUCCAAGACCAGGCAUUCCAGAAAGUUUUAAUAGAUCUCCCUUGACAAGACCAGGGCCUGUGCCAAAUCAAGAUACUUUCCUACAGGCAGCACAAAACAGAGGGCCAACUUUACCAGGAACUUUUGUAAGGUCAUCAGAUACAUGUUCUCAGGCACCAAGGCCACCAGGUCCUGCUUUGUCAGAAACAUUUAGCCAUGUUCCACCAUCACCAGCUCAUGACCCUUAUGAUCAGCCUCCAAUGACUCCAAGACCACAGUCUGAUUCUUUUGGAACUAGUCAAAUUAGUCAUGAUGUUGAUCAGCCAAGAUCUGGAUCAGAAGGAAAUUUUACUGCAUCUUCAAAUUCUCCAAUGAAUUCUCAAGGACAGCAAUUUUCUUCUAUCCCUCAAAUUCCUGGUCCUGCGCCAGCUUUAGCAGGAACAGAUACACAGAAUAGCACAAAUAUGUCUCCAGCAGAUACAGAAAAGCUCAGACAGAGGCAGAAGUUGCGGGAAAUCAUUCUUCAGCAGCAACAACAGAAAAAAAAUGCUCUCCGGCAAGAGAAAGGAUUACAAGACCCUGGGUCUCUGCCACAUUGGCAACCAGAAAAUCUCAAUCCACUUUUUAAUAGGCCGCCACCUCCUUACCCUGGGAACAUCCGAGCUCCUGUUGCCCCACCCAGCGGACCUAGAUUUCCUCUUUUUCCAAAAGAGCAGCGAGGACCAUUUCCUUCAGAUGUUACUGCCUUGGGAAUGAGGCAUCAUGGGCUGAGAUUUGGAUUCCCUGGUGGGGGCCAUGGUCCACCAUCAAGUCAGGAACGUUUCCUUGUGCCCUCUCAGCAAAUGCAGAGUCCUGGAGUUCCUCCACAGCUUCGAAGAUCAUUGUCUGUAGAUAUGCCUAGGCCCUUGAACAGCUCACAGAUGAAUAAUCCAGUUGGACUUGCUCAGCAUUUUCCACCCCAGGGUAUGCAAGUUCAGCAGCAUAAUAUACUGGGUCAAGCAUUUAUUGAAUUGAGGCACCGGGUCCCUGAUGGAAGACCACGGCUUCCCUUCAAUAUUUCUGCUAGUAAUGUCAUGGAGCCAAGUUCCCAACACCUCAGGCAUGGGAACAUUAUACCACGGCCAGACUUUCAAGGUCCAAGACACAUAGAUCCAGUCAGACGGACACCUCAAUGUGUAACUAAUCAGUUACCAAUACCUACAAACUUAGACCAUAUGCAGCCAUCUCAACAAGAGUCAGGCCAAACUCUCCACCCAUCUCCUCUGGCCUUACGUUCUUUGAGUCAUGCCCCUGGAAACGAUUUUGUAGUGAAUUCUCUGCCAACUCCAGUAUCAUCAGAUGAAUCUAGUAAUAUACAGAUAUCCAGCCAGCCACCUGAUGGCCUGGAAGAAAAACUUGAUCCUGACGAUCCCUCUGUAAAAGACAUAGAUGUCAAAGAUCUUGAAGGGGUUGAAGUCAAAGAUUUGGAUGAUGAAGAUCUUGAAAAUUUAAAUUUGGAUUCAGAGGAUGGCAAAGGUGAUGAAUUGGAUACUUUAGGUAAUCUGGAAACAAAUGAUCCCAAUCUUGAUGAUCUUUUGAGAUCAGGAGAAUUUGAUAUUAUUGCAUAUACUGAUCCUGAACUUGACCUGGGUGAUAAGAAAAGUAUGUUUAAUGAGGAAUUGGAUUUAAAUGUCCCAAUUGAUGACAAAUUGGAUGUGCAAUGCAAAACUGAUGAACCAAAAAAGAAUGAAAAAAUUGGCAAGGUUGCAGUCUCUUCUGACAAACACUCUUCAAAGAAAAAAUCUACUAUUAUCAGUGAGAUAAAAACAGAAGUACUCUCUCCAAAUUCACAAGAGGAAGCAAAAUCUGAAAAAGAGAAAAGUGAGAACAGUGCAAACAUUGCCUGCACUCAGCUUUCUACAGAAACUGAAUUAAAUGAAGGAGAAAAGACUUGUGCAGUAACUUGCAAUCAAGAUCUAAUUGAUAAUAGGACUAAUCAAGAAAAUGUUGGGUCAAAUACAAAUGUACAAGGAUCUACUAAGAUGCCUACAGAAGAUGUAAUAAGUGCCUGUAGCAUAACUGAAUCCACUCCAGUUCUCUCAAGUUUACUUGCUAAUGAGAAAUCUGAUAAUUCUGACAUGCAGCCAUUGGCAUCUCCUCCACCUUCUUUGCCAGCUACUCAGUCUAAUCAUGUGUCAGGUUUGCCUGCAACUUUAAUACCGUCCUCUGGACCAGUUUUAGACCACGCAAUGAGUUCUAAUAUGACUGUAGUCUCCAGAAUGAACCAUACUUUUUCUCAAGGUAUGGCUAUAAAUCCAGGAUUUAUCCACAGUCAGUCAACAAAUCACAGUUUUGGGACAGGACAACCUAACAAUCAGGCUGUUCCUGUAGCAAAUCCAUCUGGUCCAAGUGUCAUGUCUGGUCCCCAGCAGUUACUCCUUCCUCAGUCAGUGGCUCAGCAGAAUAGAGAAAGACCUCUUCUGCUAGAGGAGCAACCACUUCUUCUCCAGGACCUUUUGGAUCAAGAAAGACAGGAACAGCAACAGCAGAGACAGAUGCAAGCCAUGAUUCGCCAACGAUCUGAACCAUUCUUCCCCAAUAUUGAUUUUGAUGCAAUCACAGAUCCUAUAAUGAAAGCAAAAAUGGUAGCUCUUAAAGGGAUUAAUAAAGUAAUGGCUCAGAACAAUAUGGGGAUGCCACCAAUGGUUAUGAACAGGUUCCCCUUUAUGUCUGGAACACAGAGUAGUGAAAGCCAAAAUCUUCCCCAACAGGCAAUUGCUCAGGAUGGCAGUUUAACACCUCAGAUUUCUAGGCCUAAUCCUCCAAAUUUUGGUCCAGGAUUUGUCAAUGAUUCACAAAGAAAGCAGUAUGAAGAAUGGCUUCAAGAGACCCAACAGCUUCUCCAGAUGCAACAGAAAUAUCUUGAAGAACAAAUUGGACUGCACAGAAAAUCAAAGAAGGCUCUUUCUGCAAAACAACGAACUGCUAAAAAAGCUGGGCGAGAAUUCCCAGAAGAAGAUGCAGAACAGCUGAAGCAUGUUACAGAGCAGCAGAGUAUGGUUCAAAAAAGGCUAGAACAGAUUCGAAAACAACAAAAAGAGCAUGCUGAACUCAUUGAGGAUUACCGAAUCAAGCAACAACAGCAAUGUGCAAUGGCUCCUCCUGUCUUGAUUCCAGGAGUCCAGCCUCAGCCCACAAUGGUUCCUGGAGGGUCACCAGCAGCAAUAAGUCAGCCAAAUUUUCCGAUAGCAUCACAGCAGCUUCAACACCAACAGCAUACAUCUGUUAUUCCUAAUCAGGCCAAUCCUGCAAGAAUGCCAAAUUUGCCAAAUUGGCAGCCUACAAAUACCCCUCCUCGCCUGCCUGUAAGUGCUUCAAGAAUGCAACCUCCAAUGCCUCCGAUACCAAUAAAGACCAAUGCUCCAGCCCCAGGCUCUACUUCAAAUUCAAAUCCACAGAGUGGUCCACCUCCCAGAGUCGAAUUUGAUGACAAUAAUCCCUUCAGUGAAAGUUUUCAAGAGCGAGAACGUAAAGAACGCUUACGAGAGCAGCAGGAAAGGCAACGAAUUCAACUCAUGCAAGAAGUGGACCGGCAGAGAGUUUUGCAACAGAGGAUAGAAAUGGAACAGCAUGGCAUGAUUGGAUCAGAAUUGAAUAAUAGAUCUUUGUCCCAGAUUCCAUUUUUUAAUUCUGAAUUACCCUGUGAUUUCAUCCCUAGACCACUUCAGCAAUCUCCACAACAUCAACAACAAAUGGGACAAGUAAUACAGCAGCAAAGUAUGCAACAGGGAUCUGUGAAUUCACCCCCCAAUCAAUCUUUUAUGCAGACCAAUGAACGGAGGCACAUAGGCCCUGCCCCUUUUGGAUCUGAGCCACCAGUUCUUAGUGGUGGUCCGACUUUCCAUUCUGUCAAACAACCACAUGGAAAUCUUUCUGGGAACAAUUUUCCACAAGGUCAAAUAAGGCCUUCCUUUACUCCUGGGGUAUCAGCAGCACCACAGACAGCUAAUAGUGGUCCUCCAUGUGGUCAAGAGACUACUGUAUCUCAUGUACAAAACUAUCCAGGCUCAAGCCAGUCUCUUAUUCAAUUAUAUUCUGAUAUAAUUCCAGAAGAAAAAGGGAAAAAGAAAAGAAUAAGGAAAAAAAAGAAAGAUGAUGAUGCAGAGUCAACAAAGGCACCAUCAACUCCACAUUCAGAUAUAACUGCCCCACCAACUCCAAGCAUUUCAGAACCUACCUCAACUCCAACAGUGGUUACCCCCAAUGACCUCACUCCUCAUUUGGUAGAGCAAGAGUCAGCAGAACCCCUGGACUCUUCAGCUACUAAUGAGGAGGUAAAUCAGACAUCUUCAGAACUGGAAGACAAUCUUUCCAGUAGUAAUUUUUCACAAAGGAAUCCACAUCAUCAGUCCACUGCAGACACAGAACUUGUAAAAUUCACCUCAGAAGUCCCUAAAAAUAUUCAAGAAAUUAAACUGGAAAAGGCUGAGGCAGAACAAUGUCCUGGCCAAACUGAGCCUAAACUGGAGGAUCAAACUGGCAUUAAAACAGAAGAGAAAGUUAUUUCAUCUAUUUCAUCAGCUCAGAGUCCAACCCAGUUAGUGAGUGUUCCUCCCUCAAAAGGAGAUUCAGGGAAUGAACUUUUGAAACAUCUAUUGAAAAAUAAAAAGACAUCUUCCCUUUUAAAUAAAAAAUCUGAAGACAGCUUGAAAUUAGAAGAGGAAGGUUCUGGGAAUAAAUUAAUAGAGAAGCACAAAUCAGCUGAAGGUCUGCCAACUCCAGGAAAUCGGAUCCAAGGUGGCCUUGGAUGUGGAAAUAACCUACAAACCAAAACGGAUGUACUUAAUGAAACCAAGAAGCAACGGAGCAAACGGACUCAAAGGACUGGAGAAAAGGGAGCACCUCGAUCUAAGAAAAGAAAAAAGGAUGAAGAAGAAAAACAAUCCAUUUAUUCUAACACAGACACAUUUGCCCACGUGAAACAGCAGCUCUCUCUGCUUCCUCUAAUGGAACCAAUAAUUGGAGUGAAUUUUGCACACUUUCUUCCUUAUGGCAGUGGCCAAUGUAAUAGUGGAAAUCGCCUUCUAGGAACUUUUGGCAGUGCCACCCUUGAAGGGGUCUCAGAUUAUUAUUCUCAGUUGAUCUACAAGCAGAAUAACUUGAGUAACCCUCCCACACCUCCGGCAUCUCUCCCUCCUACUCCUCCUCCUGUGACCUGUCAAAAGAUGGCAAAUGGCUUUGCAACCACUGAGGAACUUGCUGGCAGAGCUGGAAUGUUAGUGGGCCACGAUGUUUCUAAAGCUCUUGGGCCUAAACAGUUUCCACUGCCCUUCAAACCACAGGAUGACCUCCUGGUCAGAGCUAUGGCCCAGGGUCCCAAGACUGUGGAUGUGCCUGCUUCACUUCCAACACCACCUCACAACAACCAAGAAGAGUUAAGGGUCCAGGAUCCCUGUAGUGAUAGGGACACUCCUGAAAGUUUUGUUCCAUCUUCUUCUCCUGAAAGUGUGGUAGGAAUGGAAAUAAGUAGGUAUCCAGAUUUGUCAUUGGUUAAAGAAGAACCUCCAGAACCGGUCCCAUCUCCUGUGAUUCCAAUUUUGCCAAGCAGCAGUGGAAAAGGUUCAGAAGCCAGACAGAAUGAUAUAAAAGCUGAGCCUGGUUCAGGCACCCUAUUUUUCACCUCUCCAUUUGGCCCAUCCCAAAAUGGUCCUAAAUCUGGCCUUAUAUCUGUGGCAAUCACUCUACAUCCCACAGCUGCUGAGAAUAUUAGUAGUGUUGUGGCUGCAUUUUCCGAUCUUCUUCACGUACGAAUUCCUAACAGUUAUGAGGUCAGUAAUGCUCCAGAUAUUCCUUCCCAUGUGGGCUUGAUAAAUGGCUCCCGUGUAAAUCCUGGCUUAGAAUAUCGGCAGCAAUUACUCCCACAUGCUCCUCCUCCACCAGUAUCCAUGAGCCAUGGAAGACUAGUAGCUUCUUACAAACUCAAACAACCAAAUAUACCAUUUCCUCCAACAAGCAAUGGUCUAGCUGGUUAUAAGGAUCAUAAUCAAAAUAUUGCUGAUAACUCUGCACUUAGACCACAGUGGUGUUGUCAUUGUAAAGUGGUCAUUCUUGGUAGUGGUGUUCGGAAAUCUUUUAAAAGUCCAGGCUUUCUGAAACAGGAUUCCCAAGAAAGCUCUGAUAGAGGGGAAAAGGACAUUGUUUUUUGUAGUAAUAACUGUUUUGUCCUUUAUUCAACAACUGUACAAGGAAAAAACUCAGAACACAAGGAGUCUCUCCCUUCCUUGCCACACUCGCCAACAAAAGAGAUGCCCCCUAAAGCGUUCCAUCAGUACAAUACUAACAUCUCCACUUUAGAUGUCCAUUGUCUCCCCCAGCUUCAGGAAAAAGUCUCUCCUCCAGCAUCACCUCCCAUUACUUUCCCCCCUGCCUUGGAAGCAGCCAAAGUAGAGGCAAAGCCAGAUGAACUGAAAGUAACAGUGAAAUUGAAACCUCGCCUGAGAGCCAUCCAUAGUGCUUUUGAUGAGUGUAGACCACUAAGUAAGAAAUGGAAAGGGAUGAAAUGGAAGAAAUGGAGCAUUCAUAUUGUAAUUCCCAAGGGCACUUUCAAACCACCUUGUGAAGAAGAAAUAGAUGAGUUUCUAAAAAAGCGAGGCACUUCCCUGAAACCUGACCCUGUGCCUAAAGACUAUAGGAAGUGUUGUUUCUGUCAUGAAGAAGGUGAUGGAUUAACUGAUGGGCCAGCAAGGCUGCUUAACCUUGAUUUAGAUCUUUGGGUCCAUUUGAACUGUGCUCUUUGGUCCACAGAGGUCUAUGAGACACAAGCUGGUGCCUUAAUAAAUGUGGAACUGGCGCUUCGGAGAGGCCUGCAAAUGAAAUGUGUGUUCUGUCACAAAAUGGGCGCCACUGGCGGCUGUCACAGGUUUAGGUGCACCAACAUUUAUCACUUUACCUGUGCCAUUAAAGCACAAUGCAUGUUUUUUAAGGACAAAACAAUGCUUUGCCCCAUGCACAAGCCAAAGGGAACUCAUGAGCAAGAAUUAAGUUAUUUUGCAGUCUUUAGAAGGGUCUAUGUUCAACGAGAUGAAGUUCGUCAGAUAGCUAGCAUUGUGCAACGUGGAGAACGUGACCAUACGUUCCGAGUAGGAAGCCUCAUCUUCCAUACAAUUGGUCAGCUGUUACCACAGCAGAUGCAAGCAUUCCAUUCUUCUAAAGCUCUCUUCCCUGUUGGAUAUGAAGCCAGCCGACUAUAUUGGAGUAUGCGGUAUGCAAAUAGACGUUGUCGCUAUUUAUGUUCUAUUGAGGAGAAGGAUGGGCUUCCCAUGUUUGUGAUCAAAAUUGUGGAACAAGGCCAUGAAGAUCUUGUCCUUACUGAUACCUCUCCUAAAGGUGUUUGGGAUAAAAUUCUGGAGCCUGUUGCAUGCGUUCGAAAAGAAUCUGAAAUGCUUCAGCUCUUUCCUGGGUAUUUAAAAGGAGAAGAUCUAUUUGGUUUAACAGUCUCUGCUGUGGCAAGAAUAGCUGAAUCACUUCCUGGGGUUGAGGCAUGUGAAAACUAUACCUUCAGAUAUGGCCGGAAUCCUCUCAUGGAACUUCCUCUUGCCAUUAACCCCACGGGCUGUGCCCGUUCUGAACCUAAAAUGAGUACCCAUGUCAAGAGGUUUGUGUUAAGGCCUCACACCUUGAAUAGCACCAGCACCUCGAAAUCCUUUCAGAGCACAGUCACUGGAGAGUUGAAUGCCCCUUACAGCAAACAGUUUGUCCAUUCUAAAUCCUCUCAGUACCGCAAAAUGAAGACUGAAUGGAAAUCCAAUGUGUAUUUAGCACGGUCUAGGAUUCAGGGACUAGGCUUAUAUGCUGCUAGAGACAUUGAAAAGCACACCAUGGUCAUUGAAUACAUUGGAACCAUCAUCCGAAAUGAAGUAGCAAACAGAAAAGAAAAGCUUUAUGAGUCUCAAAAUCGGGGUGUGUACAUGUUCCGCAUUGAUAAUGAUCACGUCAUUGAUGCCACAUUGACAGGAGGGCCUGCAAGGUAUAUCAACCAUUCAUGUGCACCUAAUUGUGUGGCUGAGGUGGUGACAUUUGAAAGAGGACAUA